AUCGGGAGAUAGCAGGAGAACCAUAAGCAGUUAAAAAUACAUUCAGAGAUCAUAGAUGGCACUGGACGCUGUAAGCUUCAAGAUUGUCAUCCAAGGGACAUCAAUUUGUAAACAUUAGGAUAUACUUUUUGACAGAAGCGAAACCAUUCAGUGUGCAGAAACUCAUCCUCAAGUAAAUAAUUAGUAGGACAGGAACCAAUGAGUAUACAGAUAUAGAUUCAAAGGUUAUUGACGGAAACGGAAUUAGAGAUAUAUCAAGAUAGCUGUUGAUGGGAGUGAAAGCAGUAAGCAUUCAGAAACAAAUCCAGCUGUUUUUGACAGUUUUGAUAGCAGUACAUACAUACGGUAAUGCAUCCAGAGACUACAGAAGAAAGUAAUAAAAAGUUAAGACCAAGCUCUUCUUCGUCUUCAUCAGCAUUAUCAUUAGGUCCUCCCGAAGUGGAAUCUGGAGGACAUAGCAAGGCUGAAUCCUAUACUACUUCCUCCUCAAAACCUGAAUUGGAUGCUCAGUCUUUACUGAAACAUGUUUCUAGUACAGGCAACUCUUCAAGAUCAAAAGAACUUGACAAUGGGUCUCCAGUUCCCCCUUCGACAUCUCCAGUUUCUCAGAUAACCCAUGAAUCAUCGGUAUAUGAUUUGCCAUCAACACAAUCCCCGCCACUCCAAGUGAUGGACCGUUUAGGAGGAUAUGAUCCUCUAAGAAUCCCAUCAACCGUGUUUGAAAGAAGAGACUCAACUCCCCUGGAAUUGAGUUCCUCUUCUAGUGAGUCACUGUUUAGCCUUCACUUAGGCAAUAACAGUAUCUCCAUAGAUCAUGGUUUUAUGUUGGGGGGAGAAGCGUUGCAAUCCGGAGAAAUUCCUGAGUCAGGUGAAUUUAUUAAGUUUAGCUCAAGUUCUCCUGUUCCAGUGGAGGAAACCAAGGGAAAGAGUCUAGAAUUGAAGAAGAUUGAAGAAUUUGGUGAUUCAGAUGACAGUACCGAGGUUUCAACAAUAGAUACCGCAGAAGAUCAAAUUUUGAAAAAGGGACCACCUACGGAAGAAGUGCCGCUUUCUUCUAAUUUGUCCACCCGUUCGAAAAAGAAUUCUCGCUCAUUUGCCUUUCCAUUGUAAGUGAAUAUCAUACUUUUGCAAACAC